UUUGUGGGCGUGGGUUGUUCAUCCGUCUUGCCAGCGCUAUGUGAGUUGGGGGAUUCGCGUUGAUGAUAGAUAAGAAGAUCAGAGUUUGUUCGGUUAGGUUUUACAGCAACAUCAAGUUGUUUUACAAUAUGAUGCUCUUCGCUGUAGUAACGUGUUGGAUUGGCAUUACUGCUGGUGCUGCGGUGGAGUCGCUAACGGUGUCUGAGGGGGGAAACCUGACCAUCUCUAUUCACAUUGAGAAGUGGGACAGAGACCCUCAGGUUUUGGUGACCCUUCUCAAAGGCUCCUCACAGGAACCGAUAGCUCAGGUGAUUUGUCAUAACGGAGCCUGUGAACAAAAGAGCUGGAGAUCUGGAGUUUCUCUCAUAUCUGUUGGACAAAAUAUGACUCUGAUCCUGAUGAACAUCAGCUACAAUCAAACAGGACUUUACAAGAUCUACAAACUGAGCAGCAAACUGCCCGAAAACAAGAUUUACAACGUUGCCGUGUAUCAGCCUCCACUCAGGACCAUCAGCCCAGAACAACCAGCAUCUGCUGUGUACAGUGAAUCAUUCACUGCAGGAAUAAGCUCAGCUGCAGUGCUCCUCGCUUUAGUGCUCAUCAUUGCUGCUGUCGUUGGUGUCAUUUAUAGGAAACACAGGAAGGCAAGUUUCAUCACAGAGCAAUUUAUCUUAACCUUUCUUAUGAUGACAUUGAAAAUAGCCUUGAAUCUUAAAAAAAGGCCUAAUAUUACCUAAUUUGAUGCUGCAUUCAAAAAUAUCAAUAAACACUUUCCAUCAUGUACAUUUAACAAAAUAAGAAUGAAGAUAUUUAAAAAACAAAGAAACAAACAGAUCCGCUUUAAUGCAAAAUAACAGAAGCAAAGGUUUUAAGGACAAAAAAAAGUAUUUAACAUUUAUUAUUUAACUUACAAUCUGCACAGGAGUGGAAAAAUACUCUAUUUAAUUUCAGAGAACUUAACACAAACACAGGUUUAUAAAAAUAAAUAAGCUUUUCACAAAAUCUGCAGUUUUUGUUUCUGUUUGGAUGCAGUAAAUCAUCCUCAGUUGUACCAUAGAACAUCUGGCCCAUGUUUCUUUAAAGUUCUAGUCUUGAAAUCAGGAUUAGGCAUCAAAUAAUGUCUUCAGGAUCAUUCAUGCAUGUGAAAACAGAACAAAGGAAGACAAGAGUAAUGUCUUCUUUAAAAAGAAAGUAAUUAGUAAGAAAUUACUUGAUUUUAUCCAGCAAAUAUCAGGUUGGUGUAAUUGUAUUGUGCAUUGUCAAUGAAAUGGCUGGAUAUU